AUGCCUCCUCCGCUCCGAAAGUUUGCGUCCAAGCACAAGUAUGGAAAGAAGAGGAAGAAGUCAAUGCUCGAGAACUUCAAAAAACGUCCCGCCAUGUCUCAAGUCGUAGAGGAUGAGCCACCAACAGCAUCAAGCGACGGCACUGAUGGAGCGGACGACUACGAGCGCGGCCUUCGAUACACCACUGUGCUGUCGGAUGGUGACAGCCGUACUUUCUUGGCCCUAAAAGAGGCCAAAGUAUACGGGUUCAUCGAGGUUGAGAAAGAGGACUGCGUCAACCACGUCCACAAAAGGAUGGGGACAGCACUUUGUAAUGUGCUGUCAAAGCACAAAGGGCCUGGCUUGGAGCCUGUUGGUGGACGAGGGAGGCUUACAGGAGACUUAGUAACCAAACUCAGCUCUUAUUAUGGCUGGGCUUUGAAGUCCCACGUUGGUGACACAGAAGCUAUGGAGAAGGCUGUGAUGGCAAGUUACCACCACAUAAAAUCAAAUGAUGAAGAGUCGAACCACAGCCUGUGUCCAGACGGUCCUGACUCCUGGUACCGGCAAAAUGCCGCAAAGUCCAAGGGCCAGCCCAUGCCAAAGCACCAUUAUAAUUUGCCUCCUGAUGUAGGCAAGGCAUUGCUGCCACUUUACCAACGGCUCUCUGAGAAGCAGCUGCUUGAACGGUGCCAGCGAGGAAAAAUGCAGAACGAGAGCUUGCACUCACUGAUAUGGGCACUCGCGUCAAAGGAGCGGCAUGCAUCGCUUUUUUGUAUGGAGGCUGCUGUGGCAGAAGCAGUGCUGAAGUUCAAUGCUGGCUGCAAGAGAACCUCAGCAAGCAUCUUGCAUGAACUCUGCAUGAACCCCGGCCAAAAGUGCAUGCAGCGCAUGGAGGAGAAAGACCAGUGCUGUUCAGCUGCAUCUCAGCACAAGUGUGCAUCAGCAGAAAAUGUGCAGUGCGUGCUAAGAAAGCACCACAAAGUUCCACUGAAGAAAGGAGUACCACACAAGACAGAAUCGGGCAAGAAAGAUCCUGAUAAUGGAACUACCAAAGAUACCCAGAACACGGACAAUGCCCAGCAAAGUGGCGAAACAUCGUGUCUACCUGUCGUCUAUGGCGAGAUCCGCGGCAUGCAGGUCACAGUCCUUCGAGAUAGUGGUACAAACGUAGCCUUGCAUUUCAUCAAUGCAACAUCUUGCUGGGGAUACGAGCCUGGCUGCUCUGCACAAGACAGAUACAGUGUUGGUUCCUGUCCAGAGGAUUCAGCUGGCUGGGCGUCAAACAAACAGCAGCAACAGCAGCUUUUCUUCAACCAGGGCGACUUCGGCUUCAUCCGCGAGCGCAACAAGACUCUCGGCAUUCUUUGUCGACCACAUGAACUGGGUGGUUCGUCGCUGGAAUGCGUUCAUCACAUGGAACUGUGUCGGGCCAAGAACAUACGUCUGGACUUCAAGCGCUUGCUCAGUAUGACUGGGCUCAUGAAGUACCGAGAAGACAUCCUGGGCCCUGGCCUGGUUGGUGGCUACUGUCAGCUAGACAAGGACUCUCUACGCCUUCAAGGAGACCGCAAGAGUCCAUUACAGUCAUGGUAUGCUGAACUGGAGCACUUUGAAGAGCUGCCUCUUGAGGGCUGCGAUGUUGUCCUGGAUCGGCCGACUGUCCUCAUGAAGCUCGAUGCGACUGUGAACAUGUACCACCACUUCUGUGACUUCCUCAACCUCUACAUCAGCAUGCACUUCAAUAAUAGCCUCGCCGGUGAUUUCGACAUCCUCAUAUGGGACACGAUACCUUACAGGGGCACCUUCCUGCCAAUGUGGUCAGCAUUUCAUUCGGGAAAGCUGAGGAGCCUGUCCGAGUUCCGGGGGAAGAAGGUGUGCCUGCAAGACGCACUGUUUGCCUUCCUGCCACGCAUGAUCUUCGGGAUGUACUACAACUUGCCUCUGGUUCCUGGCUGCCAUUCAAGUGGGCUUUUCAAAGCCUUCAAUCGCCAUGUUUUGCGCAGGCUCAAUGUUAAAGUGCUUUCACCGAAAGGUGAUGUACGUGUUACACUGCUGUCUAGAGAAACUAAGCACCGUCAAAUUCUAAAUGAAGACGAGCUGCUUGCAGCAGCCAGGAAACUUCCGGGUUUGUCCGUGCAGAGAGUUCACUUCAAUCAUGCGACAGACUUUCUUCACCAAAUUGAGGUAAUGGCAAACACUGAUGUCCUCAUCGGAAUGCACGGUGCUGGGUUGACUCAUGUGCUCUUCCAACCAGACUGGGCUGUCCUUUUUGAGAUCUAUAACUGUGACGAUCCAGUGUGUUACAAGGACUUGGCACGUCUUCGUGGCGUCAAGUAUAUCACAUGGGAGGACAACACAAAACUUCAAGCCGAGGAUGAGGGCCACCACCCAACACUUGGAGCACAUGCAAAGUUCACGAACUACCGCUUCGAUGUCGACGAGUUUCUUCGGCUUCUCCGCAUGGCCAGUGACCACAUCAAGAAGUCCCGGGCCCUUGAGCUGGACACCGACGGGGCACAGCUCGUGACAGGUCGUCAGGAAUUGUGAUACUCAGAGAUGAGAUCUCCGUGUGCCUUGGCUUCUGUUCCUUGCCAACUGGCUCAGCUUUCUGUAUUUCUCUUCUGAGAUGUCGUAUGCUUUAAUGACCUAUUUAAUUUCCUGAUCAUCCGUCCCACCAAGCUGCAUACUUUGGAACUAAAUA